GGAGGGAGGUGCCACUCAGCCGGCUCCGGUUCAACAGCCUGAUCCGCUGUCACCUCGGUCCAAACGUCGCUCGGUCUCCUUCCUGCCUUCAUCUCUUCUUCCUCCGUGGAUUUUUAUUCCUAACAGAGCGUCUGUGUUUCUGCUAAGAUGUCUCAGAAGAUUAAAGCCGGAUCCGUGGUGGAGAUGCAGGGAGAUGAGAUGACUCGGGUCAUCUGGGAGCUGAUUAAGGACAAGCUGAUUUUCCCAUACCUGGAGCUGGACCUGCACAGCUUCGACCUCGGCAUGGAGAACAGAGAUGCGACAGAUGACCAGGUGACGGUUGAGGCGGCGGAGGCGGUCCGGCGGUACAACGUGGGGAUCAAGUGUGCCACCAUCACGCCAGACGAGAAGCGCGUGGAGGAGUUCAAGCUGAAGAAGAUGUGGCGCUCGCCCAACGGGACCAUCCGUAACAUCCUGGGAGGCACCGUGUUCAGGGAGGCCAUCAUCUGCAAGAACAUCCCCCGCCUGGUGACCGGCUGGGUGAAGCCCAUCAUCAUCGGCAGGCACGCGCACGGAGACCAGUACAAAGCCACUGACUUUGUGGUGCCUGGACCUGGGAAAGUAGAGAUGAUCUACACUCCAACCACCGGAGAGCCGGUCAAAUACGUCAUCCAUGAGUUUAAAGGCACUGGUGGCGUUGCCAUGGGAAUGUACAACACGGAUGCGUCCAUCCGAGACUUCGCCCACAGCUCCUUCCAGAUGGCUCUGACCAAAGCCUGGCCUCUCUACCUCAGCACCAAGAACACCAUCCUGAAAAAGUACGACGGUCGCUUCAAGGACAUCUUCCAGGAGAUCUAUGAGAAGGAAUAUCGGGCUCAGUUUGAGGCCAAAGGCAUCUGGUAUGAGCACCGUCUCAUAGACGACAUGGUGGCCCAGGCCUUAAAGUCAGAGGGCGGCUUCAUUUGGGCCUGCAAGAACUACGAUGGGGAUGUGCAGUCGGAUUCUGUGGCACAAGGGUACGGUUCUCUGGGGAUGAUGACCAGCGUUCUGAUCUGCCCUGAUGGACGCACGGUGGAGGCCGAGGCCGCCCACGGCACCGUGACGCGUCACUACAGACAGCAUCAGCAGGGGAAGGAAACCUCCACCAACCCUAUAGCCUCCAUCUUCGCAUGGACGCGGGGUCUGCUCCACCGGGCCAAGCUGGACAACAACGCGGAGCUACGGGUGUUUGCCGAGGCUCUGGAAGCCGUCUGCAUCGAAACCAUCGAGGCUGGUUUCAUGACCAAGGACUUGGCUAUCUGCAUCAAAGGCCUGCCAAAUGUGACACGCGCCGAUUACCUGAACACCUUUGAGUUCCUGGACAAGUUGGGGGAGAACCUGAAGAUCAAGCUGGCCAACCAACCCAAACUGUGAUCCCAGCUGCAGCACAGACUGAUGCACACGGGGAUAUCUUUACAGGAAGUGGAGAGAUUGGCCAAGUAGGGAGGAGAUAUCUCUGGGUGAUGUUAGCCGUAGCAUCCGUGAGGGUCCGGCGUCCCUCAUGCUUCACACAGACUGCAUUAACAGGAACUAAUCUCCCUGCUCUGCAGCAGAGGGUGAUCUGGUGGUGAGGGAGCCUCUGGACCAUCAAUGCCUUCUCUGUUUUGUGUCAAAAAUCCUACUGUUCUCGUUGCCUUGUUGUGUUUCCUGAAUAUCUCAGGCAACGUUGUGAUGCUGAGUGAAGCAGAGCGUGUCCUAAUCGCCUCACCAAUCAGACGCUCAGCUUUCAGUCGGGCAACUAAACAUUCCAGAAAGUCAUGUAGAGAUUUCUUUUCUGACUCACCAUCGUGGUUUGUAAACACUACUGACCAAUAAAGACUCUUUAACGUCCAACUGAAAA